GGGGGAAAUCAAAAACUUUGUUUCUGACUGACCCAGUACGGGAUGUGUGUCAGUAGGGCUCGGUGGGUUGGUUCAGAGGUUCGGCUUUGAAUGAAGACGACGUCAUAAUGCCUGUAGGUUGGCACUAGAGAUAAUUCGGGUAAGGAAGAAAGCGUCUCCGGUUACUUACUCAAUAGCGAGGGGGCAAAGCGAGGAAAAGGGGGAAAAGCAUUAAAGCGUCUGUCCAAAGCGGAAACAUCCAGGCAGCGAAUACUUUGUUAAAGCCUCGAGGAAUUUAACCAGCUAAUUGUGAGGGGAAAACGUCCGCAUCCUGGAUGUAACUCAUUCAUUUUGGAACAUUUCUGCAUCGGGGAAAUUUGAUGGUGGACUUUCAAGGACUGGGAAAAAAGAAGCAAUCAACCCGUAUUGGUCCACAAUUCAUAUGGUCUCCAAAGUCUGAAGGACAGCCUUAGGAUCUGCUCAAAAGGUGUCUCCCCAGAGUGAUGUCACCGGGCAGGCCCUGAGGACACAGUAAGCAGUAAGAUGUAGCACCGUGGCGAGGUGUCCAAAGUGAGAGGGAUCGACACGCCGUGCCAGGAAGUCACUACGGAGGGGGAGCAGCCCAACAGCUAAGUCGUCGGCGGGAGAUAAGAUAAGCGGUUAAUCAUUCACCGAAAGCCCUGGGAAACUUUUGACGACGUUACACCUCAGAAUGCUUUUCGCUGUACUGUGAGUUGCCCUUCUUCGCUCUUACGAGGGAUUUAACAUUCAGAGUGCCAAGGCGAGCAUCUAAAAACCUGUGACCUCCUCGGACACGCAAGACAGGAACUCGGCCCACACCCGCCACCAUGUGUCAUGUGAUCGUGACCUGCCGCUCCAUGCUGUGGACUCUGCUGAGCAUUGUGGUGGCCUUCGGAGAGCUCAUAGCCUUCAUGAGCACAGACUGGCUGGUGGGCUCCCCGCGGGUGCCUGAGGCCAUGCUAGAUUCACACGUCUCUCCUGAACCGUACCGUCCAACGUUGGGGAUCUAUGGGCGCUGCAUCAAGGUGACCGGCUUCCGUCGGGACGUCCUGUGCGGGCCUUACGCCGUCCACUUCGGCGAGAUCGCCAGCGGCUUCUGGCAGGCCACCUCCAUCUUCCUGGCGGCCGGCAUCUUGCUGCUGUGUGCCGUGGCCUUCAUCUCCGUCUUCACCAUGUGCUUCCAGAGCAUCAUGAAGAAGAGCAUCUUCAACGUGUGCGGCCUCCUGCAGGGCAUCGCCGGACUCUUCCUAAUCCUGGGCCUAAUGCUGUAUCCCGCUGGCUGGGGUUCAGAUAAGGUCGUGACCUACUGUGGAGCAGAGGCGUCGCCGUACAAGCCGGGCAUGUGCUCACUGGGCUGGGCCUUCUACACGGCCAUCGGCGGCACCGCGCUCACCUUCAUCUGCGCAGUCUUCUCCGCACAGGCUGAGAUCGCCACCUCCAGUGACAAGGUGCAAGAGGAGAUCGAGGAAGGCAAGAGUCUCAUCUGCCUACUGUGAAGCUCUGCCCCCCCCCCCCCCCACCCCACCCACCCACACACAAACACCUAUGAUGGCCACCGGUCAGCGGGCCCCUUCAUCGCUCACGAAAGGGAUCAAGACUUUGUUUACCACUAAGACUAAUGCCCCUAAGCGGUCUGUCUCUGUGUUCACUCAAACUAAACCCCAUAUGUCUGCAUGUUUCCCCCUGGUGCCAGUAGGGGGCGCCUGGUGUCCCUCUGCCCAGCGUUGGCUGUAAGCUUGUAAAUACUUGUACAGAAUGAUCAGCCAGACAGCGUGGGAAUUCGAUCUCAAGUUUUCCUUAAUCGCCAACUUUGAAAACCAGCAGACUUCUCAGUAAUUGGUUACCAGUGUUGACCUGGCAUGCGCUGGGUUGUUCAAGAAAACCACUACUUGCUGAACUUCAGCUGUAUUAGAAAACUGUCUCGAAUGGCAAUAUUUUAGCCUUGAUUUCUAAUUCUACCGAAUGUAAGACCCUUCAAUUGUAUUUAAAAAUAUACCUGUACUCGUUUAUAGGUCACUAUAAAAACUCCUCCCAGGGCUGUGGAAUUAACUGAACCUUGCCCGAAGCCAUGAUACAGGAAGAGGCCCACCUCUUCUCCCUGCGUGCUCCCCUGUUCGCCUGGGGGUGACACGCUUCUAACAUGCAGGCAAAAAAUGCGAGCUUAGUGCCGCGCUCAGCUGCCAGAAAACGUUGUCCUCCUGCUCUACCCCAUGCAUGAUGUCAUGCAAUGCUGCAUCUCCAUGAGCCCGCUGCAGAAAGGAGCGAGUGGAAAGCGGGGGCCGGACGGACUGUACUGCUGGGCCUCCUCAGAGGAAGGGAGGGCCUCCCUGUUGUUUUUCUCGCUAAUGGCGGGGGCCUGUCGGCUGAAGAAGGCCGAUGGCGGCGAGCGAGCUUCUGGCAUCUUCUACAGGAGGAUCCCUUAUGACAUCUCUGCUGCUUUCCCUCCGGUCCAUUGGACAUCUUAACGUAUGAGAAUGUAUGAAGUGCCAAACGUUUGCAAAAGGAGACACUGCUUUGUUGCGUAUCGCAUUCUUUAUGACUCACCUGGUAAUAGUGAUCUGAAGCUGUCUGCCAGGUUGAAGCUGUCUGCCAGGUUGAAGCUGUCUGCCAGGUUGAAGCUGUCUGCCAGUGCUGGUGAGACAGGUAGUUUGUGUGUGUGCAUGUCUGUGUGCUGGGGGGCUUCAUUCUGUAGCUGGUUAUCAGUAGAAACUUUCCAUGCUGGUUUUCCCCUGUUUCAGGCCCAUUGCAGCGUUAGUCUGGUUUAAUGCGGUGCUGGUUCUGCACACUGGACUGCUCUAUUCAGCGCCUGGCCUAUAUUCUGCUCUGUGUUGGGGGCCAGGCAGUGACUCACUGCUCCUGUCACAUGCUGCACAGCAUUUAAAAAAAUAGAAUGAACAUCUGGCUUCUUCCACUGCUGCAGAGUCCAGAAAAACCGCACAAUUACUUCCAGAUAUGACAGAACGCUGUGCCUUCGACAGGCGACUUCUUCAUUCAAAAGGUGACGCAGUAUAUUAGGGCUUUGGGAUUAAUUACUGUUUUCAUUAAUAAUUAAAAGCUGUCACUUUUAGACAAUUAACCCUUUUUUUUACGAAAGCCAAUCAGAUAUCUUUCUGGGGAAGUAAUCAAGAAAUGGACACAUUUGGUGUAUCAAUGGCCCCGCCUACCUUGACUGCAAACAGUCUUGAGCGUUGCUGGUGCUACGUAGCUGAAUUUAGAUGAUGUUUAAACCAUUUAGAGAAGCAGCAGAGCAACAAAGUGCCUCAAAACCUCAAGCACCUCCGCAGAGUGUUUGGUUCUGGGGUCUGCACAAGUGUGCAAGCAGAGUCCUCAAGUUCUGUCAUGGACAGAUGGCUUUACAGCAACUUGGUUGUGAGAGAGGAAUAACUUUUGAUAUCCACAAGCUAAUAGUCUGUGGCAACCACCGAUUGCCAGCUUGCUGUCCAUUCUGACAUGAAAAUGAGCUUCUGAGUAUCUGCGGCCUGAUCCCAGUGCUGGCACCGAACAAUGUGUUUGUCCUUAUGAUCUGGUAAAAAUUAUUGUUUUCUAUUAACCUGUCCUGCAGAACUGUCAGCCAAUUAGUCUGGAAAGAAGAUACAGCACCAAAUGAAUGUGGUGAAGACCCAAACCAAUAGCAGAUGUCUAACGAUGUUUAUAGGAUGUGGUUAGGGUCAUUGAGGACAUAUGCGAUUCUUUAGUUAGUAGUAUUUAAACUGACAAUAAAUGUAAUCACAGGUCACAACCAUAUGUCAGAGAGUCUUGAUGACUUACAGAGGUCUUGGGAAUAACCAUCCUAUUAGACUAAACAAAUUUACAGAGUGCAUUUAGUAAAUCAGUGCAACAGAGCACACAAUACAGUGAACAUUUUUGCCAUUACACCAAACCUAUGAAAUGAUUAAUGUGUUUCUGGACUUUGGCAGUCUGCCCACGUGUUUGACAUCGAUCCAGGGUUACUUCUGUUCUGUUGAUGCAUUAGCAUUCAUUACUAUGGAUGUUUGUACGCUUCGUUAGGUGCCCUAAUCACCAUUGUGGCCCUGUUACAUACAUGAUUCACUGUGAGAGACGUGCAAUAUAUACCGUAAUAGUUCUCUGUCAGAGGAAUAGAAGAAGGUGUGUAAAUGGAAACUUGGCAGUUAUGGAAGUGGGAGAUCCCUUUCUUAAGCUGCAGUGGAUCAUAACUGCUCCAGGCCGGACUGAGUUUUAGGCUGAAACCACAUUGGCUUUGCCACAGGAAAUUGCAUCAUAUCCGUGCAUAUGUUUUUUUGGGGGGGGCCUCUUAACUUAUGUAAUACAGUACAAGAUUUUUUUUCUUCAACCCACUAUUACCGAAUAUAUUCAUUCCUACUUGUUGCCUUGCUAUACUUUAAUACAUAAUGUCCUCUUUAGUGAACAUUUUUGUUAUAUUAACAAAAUUAUAGUAUUACAUUUGAGUGGUGAAAGAUUUGAUGGAAACUAUUGAUGUCCACUAAGCAAACAAAAUCCUGUGGCUUUCCUGACUGAAAGGAACCUGGUGCUGACCUUGGCAAUGCACGCAGUAUUGUCUACAGAGGGCAAAACAAUGGCUGAACUGCGUGCUGCUAAAAAUGGGUUAAAAAAAACAGGAACAAACAUGUUUGAUAGACAUGAAUAUAGACGGCUGAUAACUUCCCACAAUGCCCUUUGGCCAAAGACUGAAGAGUCCUCUUUUUCUUCCCGGCUGGGAAUGCUACCUGUUAUGUAUUCCCACUGCAAAAGCAGAAUGCAUGUUCCAGUCAUUGUACACAAGGUGAAUGCCCAUGGACUGAACUGUAGGCAUAGCAACGCUAUGGCAUCUUUGUGUCACUGGUUGACUGCAUUUCAGGUGCAGCUACUUCAGUAUACAGCACUGUCCUAUUCUUCCUGUCCACAAGCAUAUCUGUCUCAAAUUACACCUUACCUGUUUUUUUUCUGUUGCGUAAUUCCUAUUUACACACAUGAUUAUGUGCCAUCAGAAAAUGUUUAUAAGGUUCAUCCUGUUACUGUCCAUGCAGGACAGCCAUAUUAGUCACAGUCCUUUGUGGGCCUCAGAUUUGCCAUUUGUAUUGUCUAUUGUUCUCAACCGAAGGAAUUACAUUUUUUCAGUAGUGUGCAGAAUGCAUGCAACAUUUCCAUGAUGCCAAAAAUCAAUUAUUGCUCCUUUCAAAAUAAAUUCUGUUGUUUAAGCA